GAUGAGCUGAUAAGGUGAUCUUGUUUAGAUUAGAAGAUAUGAGGUGAAAUAAAAUCUAGAUAUUUUUGGUUAGGCUUUUGUUUUAGCCCUUUCGUUUUCUAAAUAAUCUACUUGGCAUGGAUAGAUAUUUUCUUUUUCUCUUUCUAUAUACUUCUUCACUUCUUUCUCCCUUUCCAAGCAAAGCUCUCUCUGUUUCUUUGAUUCUAUCCUUUCUUGCUUAAUUGAGAGAAAAGCCUAUUCGUUCUCUAGGAAGUUAAAAGAAGUAGCAAAAGUGUGCGAACAAUGGCAGCAACUGCAUCACUCUUUACUUCUCCAACUCAACCCUUUUCGACCAGGCGAUGGGUGACAGCUAGUAGCUUUAUGGGUGCCUCCUUGCCAAUGGAUUUUCCAGAGAAGAAAAAAUUAGUCAAGAUUAGUGGGAAAGUGAGUGCUACAGCUACUGUUACAAAAAGUACCAUGGUAGAAAUUAAAGAGUAUACACUCCCUUCGUGGGCUAUGUUUGAACUGGGGAGGGCUCCUGUAUAUUGGAAAACCUUGAAUGGUCUUCCUCCAACUUCUGGAGAGAAGUUGAAGCUUUUCUAUAAUCCAGCUGCAACCAAACUUGUUCCAAAUGAAGAAUUUGGGAUUGCUUUUAAUGGAGGUUUCAAUCAGCCUAUCAUGUGUGGUGGCGAACCUAGAGCGAUGCUUAGGAAAGCUCGAGGCAAGGCUGAUCGCCCGAUAUACACCAUCCAGAUAUGCAUUCCUAAGCAUGCUGUGAACUUGAUCUUCUCAUUCACAAAUGGAGUUGAUUGGGAUGGUCCUUAUAGGCUACAGUUUCAAGUUCCAAAGGCUUGGCAAAACAGACCAAUUGAAUUCUUUAACCAGGGGCUGGCAGAGGAGCUGAGUAAAGAAGGUGCAUGUGACAGAGCAAUUUUUCCGGACUCAAAUAUUGUUAUUGACAGAUGUGCUAUGAUUGGUAACUUGUCCAAAGAAGGCGGCGAUCGUUGUAGUCUUGAUCUGGUUCUUGGAUGCAUGGAUCCUAACUCAUACUUAUAUAACCCUUUCGCCAAUGUAGAUGAUGGAUCAUGCCCAAUGGAUUCAGAUUUUGAGGACUAGUGACACCCACCCGCAUCUUAUACCUUGUAAUCAAUUCAUUUGGCAGUGGCCUACUCCUAUAGCAGUUUGCACUUUGCCCUGCCUGUGACAUUAAAAGACAUUUAAAUACAAAAGCUGCAUAUGUUCAUAUGAAUGAGGUAUUAUAGUACGAUCAUAACACAGAUUUCCAAUUAUCUCCAUCCUCAUGUUACGGUAUAUUAAUUGUUCGUUACAGUUGUAAAGAUUAAAAAUGAGACAAUUCUUGCACAGAAUGUAGCAUAAGGCAUUUAUUAUCCUAAAAUAAGUUCAUCCCCAUGAUUGAAAUGAGUUUUAUUUUGCUUGGUGGCAA